UAGCUGGGGACCGACACCACCAGUCCUUCUCGGUGGCUGUUUGGAGCACACAUUGGGGGCUUUGGGAUUUCUUGCAUUGGAUUUUGAAGAUCAAAAUCAUCAGACAAAGAUGUAUAAAGAGACAGCACUUUUGUUACUAUUUUUAGGUUAUGUUUCAACCCAAGAUGUAAGUCACGCCUACCACAACGAGCAUCCAGUAACAUCUCCGAAAAUGACUAACGGAACCAAAGACGAACAUUUGGCAGCCCGAAGUUAUUCUGAGACCCCAACACAGGCACCAGAUAAAUACGGACCAGGUAAAGGUCGCAUAAUCCACGCUCUCCCCGGACCAGUGGUCGCCGUGAUAGUUUUUGGUGUAAUAGCUGGUAUCGUUGGAGUCAUCCUCUUCGUAUCAUUCUUGAUUCGCCUGCUGACAAGGAAAAGCCACGUGUAAAAACAUCCUCCCUAAACCACUUAACAGGAUCAGGAAAAGAAGACCAUGUGAAUGAUCCUGUGGAAAUUGAUCCUGUGGAAGCAUUGCUUUGCCAUGAUAAUAGAAGGUAUCUCCCUGAAUUGGAGACAAUAUCAGGAGACACAUUUCAUCCGGAGGUUCCUGUUCGAGGGACUCAGUGAUGGAUAGAUAAAUGGCCCUGCUGAGCCAACUUAUUGGAUAUUGUGAAAAGUUCAGUUUUAUUCCUAUUCCUGCUUUGGUUUUGUGUUUGCUUAAUUGUAGGAGUUAAUAGUUUAGGAAAUGACUUGUAAUCCCACAUCCCUGCUCCCUAGUAGGGGCCUUCUUUGGGUCCGAUGACCACUUUAGACCACAUUUCAUAAAAUAAGGAAGAGGUCUCUAGGGAAUUCCAGCAACAGCAUCCUGAGAUCUGUUUAAACCUUCAACUGCCCUAUUUCUAUUUACCUUUUCACCCAAAGGAACAAAGGUA